AUGGAAAGAAGAGGAAAAAGAAUUAGCCCCAAGGGUUCGAAUGGAUACAAUCGAAGAAAAACAGCUCCCAAUUAUGUAUGGCGGCCCUGUAUACCAUCAUGGGAAAGAGAGUUUACUUUGAAACUUGGGAAUAUCAAGUGGGCUGAUUUUGUAGAAAAGAAGAAGGCGAUUUCUAUUUACAUCAAUAUCUUGCACUGGAAGGAUUCAGCUUGUGAAGAGGCAUUCCAGGUUGCCAAGAGACGGUUUCAUGAUGAGUAUUAUGGUUACGAAUCUGAUAUCUCCUUGCCUGAUCCAGGCAUUGACGUGGAGGAAAACAUGGAUGGGAAUUUAAACACACAUGAGAAUAAUGAAGAUGAAGAACCACUGUUGUCUAUAUCUGAAGUGGAAGACAACGUUUCGGAGAUUGGAGUUAUGCCUCGGCAGCCAGUAAUGCUUCAAGAAAUUGAACCUACUGGGUGGGAUUCGGAUGUUUCUGAAACACCUAUUUCGCUAACUGGUUGUGGGGGAUGA